UCAGAGUUUGUGUUUUCUGGGGGGAAGUGAGUGCGGAUGUACCGAAUCUCGGCUGAAUCGCGGGCGGCUAAAGCUCUAUAGGGAAAUCCUUGCAGAGAUUGAAUGAAGGCUGUUUUAAGGGAAGAGCCAGAUGGUUGCAGCAUGAAGGAGACAAGCGACCCACCUCUUCUCCCACAGGUACCCAUACUGCGUCUCCCACGUCCCCCUUCACCAUCCGGCCGUGGAUUUGACCUUUCUUCACCCCGAGCACUUGCUCACUGCCCACCCAAAGAUCACCAAAAGUGUCGCUCUUUUCUUCGCCAGCUCUUUCUCCGUAGCCUUCUUGCAUCUGCUGGCCUUCCCGUCACCUUCACACUUUAUCAGCGUGUAACUGUGACUGCGACUCGCUUCAAUGCCUGUGACAUGGAAGGACACAAUUUUCAGGUCUCUGACCUACAGACUCCGAUUGGUGUGCAAAAGGAAGCACUUAUCCGGGGACCCGACAUUAUUUCAUACUCUUUCUGUGUCUAAGGGAUAUUAGCUGGAAUGAAUAAAUCAAACAAUACUG